CAGAAGAAAGCUGUCUGAGAUACCGGAUCAUAAAAGAGCGCAGCUAAUCGCCCGGCUAGCCUGCUAGCUAGCCGCUGCGGAGCUGCCUUCCUGCCCGUCUCCGGCAGCUCGGAUCCGGGCAUGGACCGUGAAACGCUGGGCGCAGUCCGUCAGACAGCUAAACUAACUGUUAAUACGUGACACCGCUGUCGACUUAGCCCGAACUAAUCCCCGAAUGCUGAAGUGUCAGAUCCAGCAGGAGACACGUCCACUGUCGGCUCUUACUGCAGCGUUUACUUGUAUUAAGCUAGCGGGGAGCAGCUAACACCGCAAAGCUACAGUUGCUGCAGAUGAACUCGACCCUUUUACCUUUGCCAUCCCGGGGACAGGAGUGGAUUGUGAUUACUGUGUCUUUAUUCAUCACAACUCCAUUUUUUUUACAUUUGCCAUUACAAUAUCUACAGUCACCCACUGUGCUGUCUGGAAAGAAAAUUGAUCUAAUAUAUUUAUCAUAAGGAUUCGUCUCCGGUGUUUUUGGCUGACUGCCAGAUUCUCCAUUUUGUUCUGUGUUGUGAUACGUUUGGGAACUGAGGCAGUGAUGGACAUACUGUUAGACCAAUCUGUAAACAAUGAAGCUGUGUACUCCUUCCUUUAGUCGGUGGAGUGCUGCAGUCAGAGUUCACUGAGGCUGUCAAGUUGUAUUCUUUAUUACAGCAUAACACCAAAUCAACAAUGACAAAAGUGUCAAAUGCAUGCAGGGAUGCUGGAAAGAGUAGAUUCUAUCACUUUAUCCUACCAUGGAAGACUUACAUUGCACUCUGAAUAGAUACACAGACUUUCAAAUUGCAGUUAAAUAUAUAGGAGAGAUGUCUUUGGCCCUGAUUUUGACAAAAUAGAUGAUGUCAUGUUGUAUUACACUGUCGUCCACCUACUUGAUGACAGUUUUUCCUCUAAGCACUCCUUUCUAGGGUGUCAGAGUGUCAUCACAGCUUCAGAUUCACUUCCUUUCUUGCAGUUCUUUUGACAUUUCACACAGCUAGUAGUUACAUCACAUUAUAUUAGAAAGUGUGAUUUGCAAAACAUAGUAUUAACAAACAGUGCAAACACCCCGAGUUCAAGUUUUGUGCUCACAAUGUCCUCAGUACCUUAACUGUCACUGCUGUCUUUGCUCAAAACGACUUGGAAGCAUUUUGUUCAUUGCUCUCAUAGUGAUGCAACAAGUAUGUGCCCCAAUAGAUGACAGAAAAGAAACGGCCGUUGUGCUGUGUACAUGCUCGUAUUACAACAUAAGGAACUACUGCUGCUGCUGUUCUUUAGGUGGUAAAGGUAUCUCAGUGUGGUUUACACAGUUUCAAUCAUGAGGCUUUGUACUUUUAAACAAGUAUAAUUUGCUUCAGAAUUGACCAGUUCCAUUUAAAUACAGUAACAGAAUUUUCACUCCCCCAUAUUAUGAAAUCGUUGUAAGGUCGCAUAUAGAGGGAGUAGCAAAAACAGUUGUGUUGCAGUGAUGUGCAUAUAAAAUGAAGUAAAUUUAUUUAGAAUCUGCCUUUGUAAUUGUUUCAUAUUGGACAGUGUGACUUUCUCUUAGAAUGGAGCAAUCUGGACAUGAGACUCGGCUUAUGGUGGCAGCGCUGACAUCAUGCCAAGGCUGGAUUUGUUUAAAAAAAAAAUUUUGUGAAACAAAUCCAUAAUUUUACAAUAGGUGUGAUGUGUAUCACAAGGUGUAGCAUCAUUUAAAUGACAGGACAGAUAAAGAGCAGUGAGCAGACAACUGAAAGUAUUUUGUCCAUUAGAUUUUCAGUUUGUCUCCCAUUUAUGAAUAAUUGCUUCCGUGACAAUAUGAUGUGAGGUUUUUGUGCAUUUUCUUUAAAUACGGCGGGAUGAGAUUGUGAUGAUCGCAUGAUGUGUGAAGACAGUGGUUUUUCGAGCAUAUAUGUAGCGUUCCCUAAAUGAAAACACAACUUUGGUGUUUAUGUCACCUCCUCUCAAAACUAGUCAUAUGUUUCUCAUAAUACAUCAAAGCAAUGUAAUAAAAACAAGACAAAUCAGACAAAAUCAACAAGGAGAAAUCAACUUAUGCUGUCAGUUUAUACUAUCAUGCAUUUUCUGUGAUCCACCAGCACUGCUGUAUUUAAAAAUGUCCCAGCGUUGGCCCGCUCUUUUGCGACAGUUGACACCUUUGCCGUUGAUUAAUGUCUUUGGCAUCCUUCCACACAGACCUCACUAAUGACCUUACAUCAUCAUGACGACCAACCUGAAUCUGCUCUCUCAGCAGAAAGUGGACUCUGAGCAUGAGGCAGAGGUGCCAUCCUCUCCGUCAGACUCUGUGAUGACUGAGUCUCCACAACGCUUUCAGGUCAUCUCCACUGAGCCUGCCACAACACCACAGCGAAUACAGAUUGUAACCGACCAGCAGACAGGUCAGAAGAUCCAGAUAGUGACAGCGAUGAACCCGUCCAGUGCUCCCAAGCAGCAGUUCAUUCUGACUACGGCUGACAGCUCAGGGGCAGGCAAGGUUAUCCUGGCCUCACCAGACACUCACAACACUAAGCAGCUCAUCUUCACUGCUGCAGACAGCCUGAUGCCAGGAAGGAUACAGAUUGUCACAGAUCCAGUGUCAAUGGAACGGUUGUUAGGACAGUCAGGGGAUUUGAGCCGACCACAGCCGGUGGAGUACUGUGUGGUGUGCGGGGACAAGGCUUCAGGGCGUCACUACGGAGCAGUCAGUUGUGAGGGAUGUAAAGGUUUCUUCAAGCGGAGUGUGAGGAAGAAUCUGACCUACAGCUGCCGCAGUAAGCAGGACUGCGUCAUCAACAAGCACCACCGCAAUCGCUGCCAGUUCUGUCGAUUGAGGAAAUGCCUUAAGAUGGGGAUGAAGACUGAGUCUGUCCAGAGUGAGAGAAAGCCCAUCGAUAUAGUGCCCAGAGAGAAGCAUGCCAACUGUGCUGCCUCCACACAAAAGAUCUACAUUCGCAAGGACCUAAACAGUCCUCUCAUCGCCACGCCAACCUUCAUAUCCGACACAGAGACAGAUGGCUCCAGAUCCAGCCUGCUCGACCAGGGGAUGCUGGUUAACAUCCAGCAGCCGGUCAUCCAGAGUGAUGGAACUUUGCUGCUGGCAACUGACUCAAAGAUGGAUUCUGGGCAGGGAGAUUUAGGGACGCUAGCCAAUGUGGUGACAUCACUGGCCAACCUGAGUGACUCACUAAAAGAAAACCUGAACAAUGGUGAUACCUCAGACAGCCAACACGAGGAGCAGUCUGCCAGCGAGAUAACACGUGCCUUUGACACCCUUGCCAAGGUCUUCAACCCACCUGAGGUCGCACAAAAUCUGGCUGAUAAGUCACAGUGUGUCAGUGGAACAACAAUCCAGCUGAUUGGCCGAGACCAGGAGACCCCCAUCAUCGAGGUGGAAGGACCACUGCUGACAGACAGCCACGUCGGCUUCAAACUGACCAUGCCCAGUCCAAUGCCAGAGUAUCUGAAUGUACACUACAUCUGUGAGUCGGCAUCCAGACUUCUCUUCCUCUCGAUGCACUGGGCACGCUCCAUCCCUGCCUUCUCAGCUCUUGGUCAGGAGGCGAACACCAGUUUGGUGCGAGCCUGCUGGAACGAGCUGUUCACUCUGGGUCUUGCUCAGUGCGCUCAUGUGAUGAACCUGUCAACCAUCCUCGCUGCCAUCAUCAACCACCUUCAAAGCAGCAUCCAGGAUGACAAGCUGUCAGGAGAGAGGGUGAAGCAGGUGAUGGAGCAUAUCUGGAAGUUCCAAGAGUUCUGCAACAGCAUGACGAGGCUGGAGACUGACAGCUACGAAUAUGCCUACCUGAAGGCUAUAGUGUUGUUUAGCCCCGAUCAUCCAGGUGUGGACAGCAGCGGGCAGAUAGAGAAGUUCCAGGAAAAAGCUCUGAUGGAGUUGCAGGACUACGUGCAGAAAACUUAUCCAGAAGACACCUACAGGCUGACGCGUAUCCUGACUCGCCUACCCGCCCUGCGCCUGAUGAACUCAAGCAUCACAGAGGAGCUCUUCUUCACCGGCUUAAUAGGUAACGUCUCUAUUGACAGCAUCAUUCCCUACAUCCUCAAGAUGGAGACGGCUGAGUACAACAGCCAGGACUCCGACUCUGCAGAAUGACACACCAUCACUCCCAGCACCCAGAACUGUCAAUUUAAAGAGUAGUGAGUCUCCUCUUCAGGUACACUCUUUGUCUCUCGAUGGGUGCAGUGUUGAACUGCAGUCCAAAAUCCUGCAACAGCCUCUUGUUUUUUAAAGAUAUGUGGAGCAAAGUCAUUCAGGAAUACAUAGUAGAUUAAGAUAACACAGCAUUGGAAAGCCAGGAUGACUGGGAUGAAUGUUUUCUGGAGCUGAUGCAGUCAGGCACUAUGAACUAAAUGAAAAAAGAUUCCUCUGCAGCUGCAACUGUGCUCAUGUCCUUUAAUGUCAUUAUAGCAUUUCAGCCUAAUUACAUUACCUUCGACCGAAGCCUUUUAAAAUGUUGUAAAUUUAUCUAAGCCUUACCAUGCACUCUCAUGCUGACCAUUAUUAACAGUCGUGUUUGAUGCCGAUAUCAGAUAAGAUACAGUCAUAUAUAUAUAAAUAUUCCAUGUGGAAGAAGGAGCUCACUGUGUACUAAAAUGUGUCAGAUUACUCUGAACCUGUAAAGAAUUAGUUUGCAUUUGCAAACAUCAGCACAGUAGAAACUGGAAUGUUCAAUGACUGUGCUGAUAAAUUUGGCUUUAAGUAGGAAUUUUCUGAAUGUUCUACAAAAAUGAAACAUGCUUUGUAUGUUUCUCGUUUUAUAAAUUUCAACACAAUUGACUUUAAUGUACAGAUCAUUAAUUAAGUCAGAUUACCAGUUGGAAAGACAACUUCAAUCAGGUGUAAGCACCAAACCUCAACUAUAUUACUUUAUCUGUGUGGCUGUCAUAUCAUUGAGGUAGCAUACAGUGCAUUCUUAGCUCAGCUACAACAAAACCAACGUCUAAUUUCAUUCUUUCGGUUUUACUUUUUAAUUUACAAUCGCGAAAAUUGCAUAAGCCAAAAUAACCGGUUUGAUUGAACAUGUGUCCUUUCUAAACAACAUCUCAGAGAUUUUUUAUGUACAUGUGUGUCUAUGUGGUACAUUUAUUCCUGGGUUAUUAUGAACAUGUUGCUAACAUAAUCUGUGCAAUCACCUCAUCACUUUCCCUUUAUGACAAUCGAUUCUGUGUUGUUUCCUUCUGUCCCAUCGGUGUCAUGACUGUGCUUCUCAAUUUGCUUUUUCUGUGUCUAUUUAUCAGUGGCAAUUAUUUCCUUUAAGGAAUUCAAUUAUCUUAAAGAUUUGGGUUCCAAAAUGUAACUUAUAUGUAGCUAUGCUACUGUUUUUGCACUUGUACUGUUUGCAUUUGUAUUCUGGUGCACAUCAAUCAGCUUUUGUGGCAUUCCACUGCAUCCAUGCUGACUAAAACUUUGUGUUUUGUAUGUUUUCUGACAACUUUUAUUUGCUGUGAACAAAUUUGCUUGUUGGAUACUAAGUGUACUUAAAGUACUUUUGGGCAGGUUUCCCUUAUUUAAAAAAGAAUGGAAUUUUCUGGGAAGCCAGUUGUGAGUGCAUUAAUGUCUUGAAGACAAUAUGGAGAUAUGCAUGGGCUUACCCUCCUGUAUAAUGGUUCAAAAAAGCAUCUGCAGCAACAUGAAUGAUAAUGGGGAUGUAAAUAAGUCAAUAAUGAUCAUGUCUUGUGAAAUAAAUGUCAGUUCUAGUAUUUGGGUUGAAAACCUGAACAGACUGUUUGUAAAGGCACUGGUGUGAAACGACCUUUGUACAUGUAAUUUCAUUAAAAUGAGUGCAUGUUGUUUUUAAGCAGGGUUUUAUAAUCUUGUCGCUGUCUGCCCUAAUAUGGAGCAUUGUUAUAAUUUUUAUAGUGCAUUGCAAUGCAUGAAGAAGUUGCUUAAGCGCAUUUUAUUAAAUGCUGUAUGAAAAAAAUUCAUUUAAAUGUUGUGGCUUUAACAUAUUUACCAUGAGCAGCUCAUACAUUAGAGGAUAUUAGAGCUUUUUUUGUUAUUUUGGUUAUGUGGAUUAAGUAUCUUAUGGUUAAAAUUUUAUAAGGUGUAAAUGUAUUUUCUUUUUCUGCUCAUGUAAAAUGUAUUUCUUCAAACGUUGAGAUUGAGAAAUUCAAACAUUCAUGUUUUGCUGACGUUGGUCACAACCUUACAUUUCUACCUCACACCGAUGAAGAUAUAAAACAAAUGUAUUAAUGACUGAGCUCCUGUAUCAGCAUUCCAGUCUCUAAGGCUGGCUUCUCUGAAGCCACACAUUUUAAACAAAAUAAACAGUUACUCAUGAAAUAUGA